GUCUCCUUUCACUUCAUAUAUACAUAUUUGUGUGUGUUUAUGUUUAUGUUUGGUUAAUCGUUGACGAUGAAAAAUUUAGAUUAGGUUUAGAUUAGGUGAUUAACGGAAUAACUAGCUAUAUAUUCUUGUCACGUUCAUAUAUCGUGGGCUGUCCUCCAUAUCACCUCAGCAAAUUAGUUUUUUUUUUGCGUUUCUUCUUAAUCGACACGUUUUUAAUAGUUUAAUAAAAACCUGAUUUAAGUGUUCCGAUAUGUAAUGUAAUGUCGGAAUAUGUCUAGGCUCUAUGCUCUGUUCUUUGUUUUCUUAUUUGACGAGGUCUGUGAAAUUUGCAGGAUUCGAUGAAUAGAUCAUGUCUCUGUAGUAUCUUGGUCACCACUGCUCUGAUCUGUAGUGCUUACUUCAUUGGAAAUGCUUAUAUUGAUGAAGAGUUAAAAGAGAAAUUGCUGAGAUGGGAAAUCACUGAUAAGAUGCAUAACGUCACUAAUAAGAUACAGAACACCACUGAUGAGAUGCAUAAUGUCACUGAUAAGAUACAGAAAGUCGCUGAUAAGAUGCAGAACGCAACGUCUCCUACAUGCGAGAAUCUCAAUAAGCCAUUGGGUAGUGAAGCAUUACCGCAAGGAAUUAUCGUCAAAACAUCAAACUUGGAAACGCAACAUCUAUGGGACUACCGUCAAGAUAAAAAGGGGAACCCGAACCGUGCAAUGAGUUUGUUAGCCAUGGCAGUUGGAAUCAAGCAAAAGGAGCUAGUUAACAAAGUUAUCCAAAAGUUUCCUUCUCGAGAUUUUGUGGUCAUGCUUUUUCAUUACGAUGGUGUUGUGGAAGAUUGGAAGCAGUAUCCAUGGAACGAACAUGCGAUUCAUGUUUCCGUGAUGAAUCAAACGAAAUGGUGGUUCGCCAAGCGGUUCUUGCAUCCUGAUAUAGUUGCAGAGUAUGAGUAUAUAUUUCUUUGGGAUGAAGAUCUUGGUGUAGCUCAUUUUAAUCCUCAA